AUGCAAGUGAAAGGAGCUUCUUCUGAUCUUUUCAGGGUCAGUGUCUCUAGUGCUCCUAGUACUUCCAGUCACGGUUCUGCCCAAGAUGACUGCGAUGCUUUAGGAGAUGUUUACAUAUGGGGCGAGGUUGUGUGCGAAAAUUCUUUCAGGGCCGGUGCUGAUAAAAGUGCUCUCCCAUUGAGCGCCAGAACGGACGUCCUUCUGCCGAGACCUGUGGAAUCGAGCGUCACUUUGGAUGCCUUUCAUGUCGCAUGUGGUGUCAGGCAUGCAGCGUUAGUUACAAAGAGCGGAGAGGUUUUCACAUGGGGUGAAGAGUCUGGAGGCCGCCUUGGACAUGGUGCCGGGAUGGAUGUUACCCACCCUCAACUUGUUGAAUCCUUAACUGCGACAAAUAUUGAUUCUGUCGCCUGUGGCGAGUUCCACACCUGUGCUCUCACUACUGCCGGAGAACUAUAUACUUGGGGCGAUGGCAGGCACAAUGCUGGGCUUCUGGGUCAUGGCAGUGACAUCAGCCACUGGAUUCCGAAGAGAGUUUCUGGACAAUUGGACGGCCUGCAUGUGGCCUAUGUCACCUGCGGCACCUGGCACACAGCCUUGAUAACUUCGACUGGGCAGCUGUUCACAUUCGGAGAUGGAACAUUUGGUGUCUUAGGACAUGGGAACCGAGAAAGUGCUGCGUACCCCAGGGAGGUAGAAUCGUUGGUGGGGUUAAGGACCAUUGCUGUCUCAUGUGGAGUAUGGCAUACUGCCGCUGUUGUGGAAGUAAUUGUAACACAGUCGAGUGCCAGCCUAUCGUCAGGAAAGCUGUUUACAUGGGGAGAUGGGGACAAGUAUCGUCUUGGCCAUGGUGACAAAGAACCGCGGCUCAAGCCGACAUGUGUGCCCUCUCUCAUCGACUACAAUUUCCACAAGAUAGCAUGUGGGCAUUGUGUUACUAUUGGUCUGACCACAUCCGGGCAUGUUUUCACCAUGGGUAGCACUGUCUAUGGUCAGCUUGGAAAUCCCUACUCGGAUGGGAAGUUACCAUGCCUAGUUGAAGAUAAACUUGUUGGUGAAUCCGUGUCUGAGGUUGCCUGCGGUUCUUACCAUGUUGCUGUCCUGACCACGAGGAGCGAGGUUUAUACAUGGGGAAAGGGAGCCAACGGAAGGUUGGGUCAUGGAGAUACCGAAGAUAGGAAAACACCCACACUCGUUGACACUCUGAAGGACAGAUCUGUCAAGCACGUUGCCUGUGGUUCUAAUUUCACCGCUGCCAUAUGCCUUCACAAGUGGGUAUCUGGUUCUGAGCAGUCUCAAUGCUCGGCAUGCAGACAGGCAUUUGGGUUCACUCGAAAGAGGCACAACUGCUAUAAUUGUGGGCUUGUGCAUUGCCAUUCCUGUAGCUCUAGAAAGGCCCUGGGAGCCGUGCUAUCUCCCAACCAAAACAAGCCAUAUCGUGUGUGUGACACCUGCUAUGUGAAACUAAGCAAAAUUUUGGAACCUGGCGGUCUAAAUAUCACCAGGAAGGCAGUUGUUCCCCGUCUGUCUGGAGAAAGCAAAGAAAGGUUUGAGAAAGAGCUGAGACAAUCCAAAAGUUUGCUCCCCAGCAAUCUAGAUUUGAUAAAAAAUCUGGACAUUAAGGCAGCUAAGCAUGUGAAGAAGAAUGACUCAUUAUCUCUGAUGAGAACUACCCAGGUGGUCGCAUUAUCUCAGUUGAGAGAGAUUGCUUUUCCUACUGCAGCUGAUCUGCGUCAGGCUUUUCCCAAGCCGGUCAACUCAUCAGUGAGUAAUUCCAGGGCUGUUUCACCCUUCUCAAGAAAGCCGAGCCCCCCGCGUUCUGCCACACCAGUCCCCACAAUGUCUGGCCUUUCAGUCUCCAAGAAUAUUUCCGACAAUUUGAAGAAAACUAACGAACUAUUGAAUCAUGAAGUACUGAAAUUGCGUGCCCAGGUCAGUGAUUGUGUCCAAUGUCCUCUACUUCAUACGAUACUUGUUAGACAAGAGGAUCCUGAUGUGCCCAUCUUGUCUUAAAAUGAAGGAUAUUUAUGUUAUUAUCUUGGACCUUGUUAGGUUGAGAAUCUUAGGCAACGCUGUGAACGGCAAGAAUUUGAACUGCAAAAAUCUGCAAAGAAAGCUCAGGAAGCUGCGGCGCUGGCUGCAGAGGAAUCAGCAAAGGCAAAGGCUGCGAAGGAAGUUAUAAAAUCGUUAACGUCACAGGUAUUUUCUUCUCCAUCUGUGGAUUAACGGUGUUAGGUGACUAUUUACUUCUCAUCAUUGAUCUUUCUUGCCCCUCGUCAUCUUUGCAACGCAGACGGUAUAUGGAGACACAUCUGCUGUUGCCAUGAUUAAUCCUUUUCCUCUAUGGCUAAUAUCCAUUAAAACCCAGAAGUGCAACCAUUUUUUUGGAAAUAUUUAUUCAACUAUUCAUCAAGGUUGAUUUUUUUUAUCCGACAAAAAUAAUAGGGAGCAUAUAUGUUCUUGAUGAAAUCUUCACAACUGUGAUAAUUAAUGUUCUUCAAGCUCGAACCAAGACAAUUAAUGUCUACUGCCUCGUGUUUAGGAGACAAGGCGAUGGCUUUUGCAGAUACAUUGAAGCAAUCGAAAAUGAUUAAAUAUCAUGCAGUUGAUAAAAAUAAAAGCCCUUGCAUACACGCAACAUACUGAGAACAUCAAUGUGGAUGAUCUUUUUAUUUUAUUUUAAUCGUGGUAGCUAUUAUUCAAACCAUAAAAAUGUGUCUGAUAAUCAUUUCUCUUUUUCUCUUCUGGUCUAAAGAAAAACAUCGGCCUGUCAUUGCAUGCUGCGAAGAUAUAACACCCAAAUAUCUGAUGUCUCGGAUGAUUUUUAUUUUAUUUUAUUUCAUUUAUAUUGUGUGGGGGGAGGGAGGAGGUAUACAUGGAAUAUGGUGGUAUCCAUUAUUUAUGGUUUAGCCUACAAGAAUUACGGAUCGUGUGAUAACUCGUAGUUUUAGUUGCUUGGCCAUCUGCUGCUGAAGCUCAUUUCCUUGGCGCAUGUAGUUUAUCAGAUCUUUUUCUAUUGCACGUACCGUUUACUUCCUGCUGCGGACGAAGAGCCUUCACUGAUGUUGUUGGAUCUCACCAUGGACAAAAAACUGCUCCACAGCUCAAAGACAUGGCGGAGAGGUUGCCGCUUGGGGCCUACGACAAUGAAAGUCCCAGGCCCCCACGUCUUCCCAACGGUGUGGAGCCGCAUGCCGUGUGCGACCCGAAUUCAAACGGGGAACACCAGUUGAGAGACGACUCCAACGGUUCACAUCUACACACGCCUGCGGCAGACAACCCAGGCGAGGCAUGGAGAGGUGCUCCUGAAGCUCGGGCAAUGGAUGGACCUUCCCCAAGUCAGAGAGUGGCGGACUCCAAUGGAGUAGAAGAUCAGAUUGUGGCGCAACAGAGCAGCAAUGGGAAUGCCACCGCCGGAAGCAGAGGAGAGGGGCUUGAGGACAGUGAACCAGAAAAUCUUCAAGAGGGCAAUGCUUCCAAGACUCGAAAUCCGUCUUCAGCCGGUCCCCACCAAAUAGAGGCAGAGUGGAUAGAACAGUAUGAACCAGGCGUAUAUAUCACACUUGUGGCGUUGCGAGAUGGAAGCAGAGAUCUCAAAAGGGUGCGGUUCAGGUAAUGGCUUUUCCUUCCAUCUUUACUGCCCCCCCUCCCGUCAUAUGGCGGACACCAUAUCUCAUGCACCCAACAGCCAGAUACCUGCUAGGGAAAUAGAACGAGAUCACAGUAGAUCUUCUGCCCUAAUCUUCUGCCGAUGGAUAAAUCUUGGUGGGUCUCUGUAAUGGCAUCCUCACAUGCUUUCCAAGAUGCAUUAAAACCAGGACCGAUACUUCUUGGCCAUUCCCCUCUCGUUUCCUUUCACCAGAUUCCCUCUCCGGUGCUCUCUUCCUUUCUAGCCUAGCCCUAUUGUGCUUGAACUCUAACAGGAACCGACCAGCCCAUUUGGAUCUGGCAUCCUUAUCUCUUUGAUCAGGGCUGGGAUCAUCUUCAGAGCUGAAUGGCGAAAACCUGAGCCAUAAGAACCGCUCCUUUUCUUCAUGUGACCCAUCUGUUGUUAGUUCGUGAUGCAUCAUCGUAGUGUUUUCUAUAGCUUUUUACCCGAGGAAGCAGUUACUUACAGUGAUCGCUGGGGAAUCCCUCUGCAGCCGGAGAAGAUUCGGAGAGCACCAGGCGGAGGCUUGGUGGUCGGAGAACCGCGAGAAGGUGUACCAGAGGUACAACGUCCGCGGCCUGGAGAGGCCGCCGCCGGCCCUCCCCGCCCGCCGCUCAGAGGAGCUUGCCGCCUCGCCGCCGCCGCCCAAAUACAAGUAG